AAUCACCCUCAUGUACUCGCUGUUAACAACUUACUGUUACAGAAAAACUCUUCAUCAGCCAUAUUCGGUGGCUAUGCGAACUAGCCUUAGCAUUCAUAAUAGGCUAGCUGCAUCGUAGCAGACAGCAACGGGAGCAAGGAUGAGCAGCGCCACAAGGACUGUGCUUGACAACGCUAAGACUCGUUUCCUGACUUUCAUUGGUUCUUUCUAGUUAUCACUGGGAGAAGGCAGAGAAGGCUGAUUUUUUUUCACAGAUUAUCUGUCAUAAAUUGUCUCAACAUGUUGGCAGUUUCAACAAAUAUGUAAACAUAUAUUUUAUAGGAGCCACAUGCUGCAGCUUUAAGGGCCUCAGUUGCAGAGUUCUUGGGAUUUUUCUGUUAUUAUUGAACUGAGAAGAGAGCCGUGGCCAAACUAACCAAAAAUGCUGAACUGUGACAAGAGCAAAAAUAUUGAGUCAAGAUCAGAAGGUCUGAAAUGAGGUCAAUCUCCCCUCAUCAUUCACCACCACAGCGUAAAAAUCACACCAAGUCAGACUCAUCCUGGCCUACCACAGCAAAUGCACAGAGGUGGGAGUGUAGUGAUGUGGGCUCCAAGAGUCAAAGCAGCCUGAUGACGUUUGAAAACUGUCUGCUCGCCAAAUCCUUCAAACUGAAGCUGAAGAAAUCCAGCCCAUCAAUAAACCAACAACAAACCUUCUGAUUGUUUUUAAAGAGAAGCUAAAAAUCAGCUCAGAACCGUCGUCUGCAGAAUAACUGAACAACUCAGAGGAAGUUUGUGCACCCCAGCAGAAAACAUUGGUGACCCUUCAUUAUUUAUUAAUUUUUUUAUCAGAUGUUCAGUUGUUGGCCUUCAGCGUCCAGAGGAGUCCGUUUGGACUCGAUGUUCGGCCGUAUCGUCUGUGGUGUUUGUGUUCUGCGCGUUGAGUAAGCGUGGGCGUGCUGACUUCCUGCUCUGAGGAAACGCUCUUCCGACAGAGACAAACUGAAACGUUUCAGAUCUGUAGUGAUGUGGAAACACACAGAUAUCUAACACACACACACACACACACAGAGGUCCGUUCCAGCAGUUUCUGCUUCAUCAUAGAGAGAGAUGCCUCCUCAUCGCAGCAGUGGCUGGUUUAUCAGACAUCGACGUUGAGCCGAUUCGGUUUCUGUCAGAGGACUCUGGAUUAUGAGCCUCGUCUCGUCAGGAAGUUCAUUCAUGACAAAAACACGUCAGACGUUUAAAGUUAACUUAAAGUGAAUCUGAGAAGCAAGAAAAGAAGAACUGCGGAGAUCAGAAUGCAUGGUGUUGAGGUGAGGAGCUGAGUGCGGCUCAGAAAAUAAAUCGUCUUCAACAGAAAACACUCAUGAUGAGCUCAUCAUUCAGCUCCGUUCCUGCCGAGGAACCAGUGACGCCCCCGCCACUGACCACGCCCCCUCGGAAAGCCUCAGUCCGCCUCCAGGAACGGCGGGGCUCCAACCUGUCGCUGCUAUUGGAUGUGAGCAAUCUGGGGGCGGAGUCAGUUUGUUCCGUGACCACGCCCAAAGAGGUGUGGCUUCAGCUGCUACACACCUCGUCCCGAGCGCUUGCACAUGCGCAGUUACAGGAAGCUGCAGCAGACACCAGCGCUCUGAACUCAGAGUACCAGAAGAUUCCUCCGAACUUUGUGAGCGCGGCCGAGCUCGACGCUCCGGGACACAUGAUGAAAGACAGAUACAAAACCAUCCUGCCCAACCCAGAGACUCGGGUGAUCCUGAAGAGCCUGGACGAAGAACCGGGUCCGGAUCGCUACAUCAACGCCAACUAUGUCAGGGGCUACAGAGGGGCUCCCAGGGCCUUCAUCGCCACCCAGGGCCCGAUGCUGCACACUGUGGGAGACUUCUGGGACAUGGUGUGGCAGGAGCGGAGCAGCAUCAUCGUCAUGGUGACCAAGCUGAAGGAGAACAACGAGAAAUGCGAGCCUUACUGGCCGCAGCCGAGGGACGGGACGAAGGUGAAGGAGGAGGACGAGGAGCGGCAGGACGAGAUCCAGAGGGACCAAGACGAGGGACAGACGAGCCGCUUCGGCAGAUUCCUGCUGAGAGUUAAAGACAGCCGGGAAAAAAACGGCUUCAUCAUCACGGAUCUGCAGAUCCAGCUGAACUCUGAGCGCCGUCCGGUCAGACACUACUGGUUCAGCUCCUGGCCCGACCACCACAUCCCAGAAUGCAUUGUUUCUCUGCUGAAGCUGGUGGAGGAGGUGGAGACGCAGAGGAAGUCCCUGCAGCCAAUCACAGACGCCGUUCCGGGUAACCGACCAAUCAUUGUCCACUGCAGCGCAGGCAUCGGGCGGACGGGUUGCUUCAUAGCCAGCAGCAUCUGCUGCCAGCAGCUCAGAGAAACCGGACACGUGGACAUUCUGGAGACGGUUUGUCAGCUCCGACUCGACAGGGGUGGGAUGAUCCAGACCACCGAGCAGUACCAGUUCCUGUACUCUACGCUGGCCCAGUACAGCCGCCAGCUGCAGCAGAACCAGGAGAACCAGGAGAACUGGGAGAACCGGAAGAACCAGGAGAACUGGAAGAACCAGGAGAACCAGGAGAACCGGGAGAACCAAAGGGCCUCAGCAACAGCAGACAGGACUGAAAGAAAACCAGAUCCAUCAGGGCAACACAGCAGAACCAGAACUGGAUCUUCUGUUUGGUUCUGAAAAUAUGGAGAACCCAAAGAACCAAAAUUUUCAUCCUGGACUGAAAAGAGAAAUAAAGAAUUAGAUUAUUAAAAUGAAAUAAAUGUAUUGUUUACA